GGUCAGCUGAGUGUGGAAAUAGAGGGAUUCCUGCUGCUGUUUUUGUCCAUGGGCUUUCAAGGUCACACCACCUACAAGUAGGGAGCAGGGACAGAGAAAGAGCCUGCAUGCCAUUUCUAAGGUCUUCAGGAUCAAAAAUGGCAGCCUGUGGAGGCACCUGCAAGACCAAAGUCACUGUCUCCAAGCCUGUGUGGGACUUCUUGAGCAAGGAGACACCAGCCCGGCUGGCCCGGCUCCGGGAAGAGCAUCGUGUGUCCAUCCUCAUCGAUGGCGAGACUUCUGACAUCUAUGUUCUCCAGCUUUCCCCACAGGGCCCUCCCCCCGCCCCUCCCAAUGGGCUCUACCUGGCCAGGAAGGCUCUUAAGGGGCUGCUGAAAGAGGCGGAGAAAGAGCUGAAGAAAGCUCAGAGGCAGGGGGAGCUUAUGGGCUGCCUGGCUUUGGGGGGUGGGGGGGAACAUCCUGAGCUGCACCGCCCAGGCCCACCCCCGCUCCGAGCAGCCCCACUCUUGCCCCCAGGGGCACGGGGGCUUCCUCCUCCCCCUCCUCCCCUGCCCCCUCCCCUUCCUCCCCGCCUCCGGGAGGAGGCAGAAGAGCAGGAGAGUACCUGCCCCAUCUGUCUGGGGGAGAUCCAGAACGCCAAGACAUUGGAGAAGUGUCGGCACUCUUUCUGUGAAGGCUGCAUCACCCGGGCCCUGCAGGUGAAAAAGGCCUGUCCCAUGUGUGGCCGCUUCUAUGGGCAGCUGGUAGGCAACCAGCCCCAGAAUGGACGGAUGCUGGUCUCUAAGGACGCCACACUCCUACUGCCCAGUUAUGAGAAGUAUGGCACCAUCGUCAUCCAGUAUGUCUUCCCGCCCGGUGUCCAGGGGGCUGAACACCCAAACCCAGGAGUUCGGUAUCCUGGCACCACUCGGGUGGCCUACCUCCCGGACUGCCCUGAGGGUAACAAGGUGCUGACCCUGUUCCGAAAGGCGUUUGACCAGCGUCUCACCUUCACUAUUGGCACGUCAAUGACCACAGGGAGACCGAAUGUCAUCACCUGGAACGACAUCCACCACAAGACCAGCUGCACAGGGGGACCCCAGCUGUUUGGGUACCCAGACCCCACCUACUUGACCCGGGUGCAAGAGGAGCUGAGAGCCAAGGGUAUCACAGAUGAUUGAAGGACAUCCCUUUGCCAAGGCCCCUGCCUUUGUCCUCCACUAGGACCCAACAGAAGCCUCUGUUCUCUUCUCUCCCUCUGCUCCCCCAUACCACACAGUAGGGGACCUGUCUGACUGGGGAGGAGUUCAGAGAGGGAUGGGGCAACCCCUUCCUCUGUCCCCACAGGCCAAGUGCUUCAGUGCAGUGUGAGCUGCUCCCUGCUGGCAGAGGCUGUUUCUCAGGCUCUGCUCCCCUCUGGUGUACAUACUCCCAGUCUUCCUGCCCCCUCCAUUGCCCUUGGCUUUUUCUGGUCUGUCUGUGCUCCAGUGACUAAGCUGAGAAAGGACCUGGGUGGGCAGGGGAGGGGUCUUGAACGCCACUCCCAUCCCAUACUGCUCCACUGCUGAACUCUGGUGCAGGGGAGGGGGAAUCAGCUGGUGUGAGCCCCCAUGGAGCGGCCCUGCGUGUUCUUAACCAGUUCCCCAUCUACCUUAACCUUGUCCUUUCCUGUGUCUUUGUUUCUGUCCGUCUGUCUCCUGCUCUUCUCCGCCCCCUGUAAGGAGCCUCCUUACCCUGUUCUGGAACUGCCGCCAAACUGUAGCUUUUAAUUUAAUAAAAAUAAAGUAAAAUA